GCAGUCCGGUGUGGGCCUACGUUAGUUAAUGUGUGUGUGUUUGUGUGUCUUUUUGUGUGUGGGUCCAUGUGUGUGUGUCAGAUACACUGCAGGCUACUGAGGCGGCAUCAGCUUGAGCGAGGCAUUUCUCUUUACCCCGACAAACCUUCAGGGGGCUUUUAGCAUUUGUUCAGUCUGCAGUCUCUGGAAAACAUCUGAUUCAUUUUUUAAGCAGUCCCAGAUGCUGCACAGAGUGUGAGAGUGUGUGUGCACGAGAGCGUCAGUGUGAGUUUGUCAGCGCGUGAGAAUAUCUGCUGUCUUAAAGAGAGGGAAGGGGAGGGAAAAAAGAAGCGUGUGGAUUUUUUUAAUAUCACUUUUUAGGUAUGAACGCAGCGUGCGUCUCAUACUGCGAUAUGACAUCGAUGGAUUCAUAUUAUAGCACUUCUACUGCGCAGGGUAGGGACCACCAGGCAAACCCGUUCAGGACUUUCCCAAACACUGAAACCAAAUACAGCCCCACGUUCAUCCCGGGGAAAGGGCAGCCGUACGGAGAAAAGCCCCGAAGUCCCUUCCAGCCGGAGUGCCAGUCUUUGGAUGGCUCAGAGGAGGGCGCAUUCAACAAGUCCUAUCAGCUCUUCAUGCAGAGACCGACCUGCAAAACUCCGCCCGAGGGAGGAAAGCUGCACCCGGACAGCGGGCUCAACGGGACGCUCCUGCCCUGCUAUGGAAAAGACAACAGUGGGCUGACAGAUUCAGAGUUGCCCCAAAGCGUCGAUCCUCCUGGGAUGGAAGGCAGCUACCUGAACCUGAAAGUACCGGGCGAGAAGGGGCAGGGUGAGCGGCCGGGCUCAGACCUUUCCAGCCCCCUGGACAAGAGCGAGGCUGAGAGCAACAAGGGCAAGAAGAGGCGCAAUCGCACCACGUUCACCAGCUACCAACUGGAGGAGCUGGAGAAGGUCUUCCAGAAGACACACUAUCCAGAUGUUUACGCCCGCGAGCAGCUGGCACUGAGGACGGACCUGACCGAGGCUCGUGUGCAGGUGUGGUUCCAGAAUCGUAGAGCCAAGUGGAGGAAGAGGGAGCGUUUUGGCCAGAUGCAACAGGUCCGAACACACUUCUCUACUGCGUACGAGCUGCCUCUACUGACUCGGCCUGAGAACUAUGCACAGAUCCAGAACCCUUCAUGGAUUGGCAGCAGCAGCGGAGCAUCUCCAGUGCCCGGCUGUGUCGUGCCUUGUGACUCCGUCACCUCCUGCAUGCCGCCUCACCCUCACGGUCCGGGAGGCGUCUCUGACUUCCUUGGUGUGCCGAGUCCAAGCAGCAGCCACAUGGGACAGACACACAUGGGCAGCCUUUUUGGAGGUCCCGGUAUGGGCGGGGGAAUCAAUGGCUAUGAUCUCAAUGUUGAUCCAGACCGCAAGUCGUCCAGCAUAGCCGCGCUGCGCAUGAAGGCCAAGGAACACAGUGCAGCCAUCUCCUGGGCUACAUGAUGUCCCAGCCUGGUUCCACCCUGCCCCCAUAUGGCCCUCCUCUCUGGAGCAGCCAUCGGCUAGAGCUGGUGGGGGCAGGAGGGAGUUUUUUCUGAGAGCACUAAUGAUAACGCAGGUCAAAUGAACAGGGAGAGACUGGAGAUAACAGAGGCUGUUACAGCGGCCAACACAACCAAGAUAAUGGCUGUGACUGUGACAGUCAGCAGAUGCUGAAAAUGAGAAAAAUACAGAGGUGUGCUAGAAGGAGAUGUAUUCAUUUUGAUUCCUUGAUCUCUCAGGUCUCACUGAUACAUGGGGGCUGAGUCCCUGGUGAACUGGGUAUCAUACAUUAUAGUGACAUGUUUCAGUAAGAUAAGCAAAAAGAUAUGGUUUACAAAAUACUUUUAGAAAACAGGAAUUCUGUGCCAAAUCACACCUUAUCCUACGGUAUUUAACUUAAGCUUGAUUCAGAUUAUUUACUUCUUUAUCCUUUUUUUCAUACCACAAAUCCUGCCCUAUUUUUAAGAACAUCAAACUAAUCUCCUACACUGAACAACUGAGAUUAAUUACCUAUCUGAAAAUUCAGUUUAUGGAUUUUUAAAGACAUACAACAAAAAAGAGGCUUCUCAGUGAGAGUGUGCUCAGAUGCAAUCAAAGUACUUUCUGUCACUUUCGGACACUAACUUUACCAUUGAAGCAAAGAAUAAUUGGUUAUGAAAGAAAACAUUCAUUUCAUCUCGGCUCUGCAGUGGGCAGUUCAUGCAGAAAAGGACAGAGGUUGAAUGCAACAAGUGAACAGAGACUAAUUGAGCAAGAGCAGACAUAGCCUGUGCCAAUUUACCCAGGGAGGAGGAGGACAGCAGCCAUUGGAUUGGCAGCAAUUUCAAACCAACGAGUCAUUUCCUCCCCCAGGGCUGCCCCCACAGGUUCCCCUGCAGGGCUCAGGCCUCAGGUUACAGGAAACUCUGUCUCCACAGGCAGACGAGGCGCAGCAACGCACAGCAGCAGCCUUCAACACCAACUAGCCAUGCCAGCUUCAAUCAGCAACCAACAGGAAUAGACACACUUAAUUAGCAUCAAAGUGAGCCGUCCUGGCCUGCAACACCACACUACAUCACAGCGUUCAGAGUGAGGACAUACUGCACAAACAGCUCCCCAAGCUGUAAUAAUCAAUUCGAUAGACGAGGGCUCAGCAGAGAUGACUCCUGGACUUGUAGCUUGCUCACAGGAUCCGUCACAUGCCAGGGACUGCAGGCCAAAUCAGUGGCCCCAACCGAGUGUUCUGUAAUGUUUAGGUAAUGUGAUGACAUUAGAGCUGGACUGCAGGAAUGUGGUGAGCAUGUCCAGUGAUUGCAGGGGUGUCUCUGUGUGUUACCCUGCUGGAAUAAGCCUGUCACCAGAGCUGGGCUGCCGGCUGAGGCUAGAGACAGGCUUCAUUAGUCUUUUUGGCUGAUCUCUCUAUGACGCCCGCUGGGCUACAUAUCUGUUUUCUUUCCCCCUGUGAGAAUGAAGGCAAGAGAGUUUGUUUCUGCCGCUUCUCACAAGUGGUCAUUUGUUGUAAUGUAUGUGUGCCCGUUACAACCCUCCUGCUUGAGAGUUGGACUGCAACUAAACUUUUUUCAGUAUUGAUACAUGCAAGGAAAAAGUGAAAAUCACAAUUUAUCACCAUCACAUUCCCCUUAAACCCAAUGUGACAUCUUGAAAUGUUUCAUUGCGUCGCUCCAAACUGUAGCCUGAGAGCCAGAUGAAUCUGAGGGCUUGUGUUAUAUGGCAGAUGCCUUCGGUCCCUUUGUUUUUCUACAGAUGUCUAUUGUCAUUUUAGGACAAGCCAAUCACAACGACUGAUCUUAUAUGGGACAUGUUUAAACACUGUUGAAUCAUUCCCAUUAGCCUCCAAGAUGGCUGACGUUGAACGUUACGAGCACGUUGUCAUGUCAUCGUUAUCAUAAACUGGACAUAAGUUCAGGUUACCAACAAACUAUAGGCUGAAUAAAAUGAAGGGUGAGAUGACAGUCCUCCAAAAGUGAUAGCAAAGUAUUUGGUGCUCUCCUGACUGACUGUCUGCAGUACAGAUCAUAAAGUCCCCCUCCUCCAUGUUGACAGUGAGACGGGGUAUUGGUAAGUUAACAUAGCCGAUCCCUUCUGUACAGAUUCAGACUCCAUAUUUGCAAAUCUCAGUGCCCAUUGCUCUAGGUAUUUUGGCAUCAGUUUUGCACAUAAAUGGGAGAAGCUGAAGAUGUGUCAUCCAUCUUUAUAUACAGUUGGUUGGAAAGAUGUAAAGCAUUGGCUACUAAAUCAUGUCAUGUCAAACGUCAUGGAGUAUGGUUUUUGGAAUUGGACAUGUGGUCUAGAAGCUGACUGCCACUUCACAUAUUUCUAUGAUAAAGGUUGUUCUAAUGUUGAUGCCAGUAGCAGACUUUGAAGUGCCUAAAAUAUGGUGUCAGAUGUCAGCAAUUACAGCAGUCAAUGCACUGAUCCAAGACCAGAACCAAUUAGACACAAACAUUUGUUUGCUUUCAAAGAGUGUUAUGUUUGCCAAAGAUAGCUAAUUAUCAAUAAAAGUGUUUUCCCACCAAUGCUUUGUGUAUAACUAGUACUGGAGGGGUACUUGGUGUCUUAUACUUAAGUAUAAAUAUUUGGAUUGGUAUCAGAGAGGAAACUGUUAUUGGAACAUCUCUGACUACGAUUGGUUGUAGCAUCCAGAUGUGUUUUUGUCUGCAUGUGAAUGCCCCCCUUGUAAUAAAAAUAUAUUCCAAAAGCCUGAUUAUCAUCCAAAUCCCUAUCAAAUCCCUAUAACAACAAAACAGAUGCCUCUUGUCCUCAAAUUGAUCCCUUUCCUGUGAACAAGGUGUUUAUUAGCUGAUGAUGGUUAUUUUGACAUGUGAGUUCCUGCUGUAAAUAUAUUCCACACACAUAGCUUUUUGGCCACAGCUUGAACAAAUUGUAUUGAUAAAAAGACAAAAGACCUCUUAAACAAAGGAGAAACAUUCUGAACUAAUAUAGACUCUGCUGGAAGUUGGGACGACAAAUCAAAAACAAAAUGUCAAAAUUAAAAUGGGAUGCGGUCCGGUGAAAUUAAUGCAUGACUACAUGUGCGACUUAAUUCAGACUUUGUUGUGUUUUUCUUCUCCCUCCCUCAGUGCUCCCCUCCUCUGCAGCUCCGUCCAUGUUGAUACUACUGAAGUGAUUGAAGUCCAUAGUUAUGUCAUAUUUUGUAAAUAUGAACAAUAUACAGAUAGUUUUUUUUUCUUGUACAUUUGUUUUGCUUGUUUGUUGAAUAAUAGACCUCCAGAGAUAAACCAAUGAAGUAUUACAGCAAUAUUGCCAAGAAAUGUAAAAUAAUGUUCUUUGUUUUUCUGAAGAGGUGCUCUGGACUUUGACAGAGGUUGAAUAUUGCUUUCUAAUUUUCUUUAUGGCUUUAAGCAGCUUUUUGUAUAUUAAUCCAGUAUUUGUACUUUUGAUUGUGUCUUUAUAUAAUGUGCCUUUGCAAUAAGUUAUUGCACUUACAGUGUUGGAGAAGUUCUUUUUGUUAAAUUUUGUGACUUCCAUCGGGACAGAGGCGAGGGUUCAAUGUCUGAGUCUCUAGAGUCCAUCCACAUUUGGCACCAUGAACAGGAUCUCUGAGAUCUGUUGUAUAGGGGCGGGACAUGGUUUGUAAAAAGGUAACUUUCUGUUUUUGUUUAUGAAGGUUUUGAACUUAUUUUGAAAUAAAUGAAUCUCCAACAGCUGA